CUCGUGCAGAAAAGUAAGCUCGAUCCCAGUUCGAACGGUUCGCCGCGAUCGUUCCGUCUCCGAUUUAGCCGGUUCGCGUGCAAUUCGAUCGCGCGAGAAAACGCCUGGCCGCCUCUUAGACAACGAAGGAACCACGUCUGGGAGGACACGCCGCUUCCGGCGCUGCUGAUUCCCGUUUCCUCUUCGUUUCGAACACACGGAAGUCUUUUCCUACCCCCGGCAUGUCUCCGCUUGGUGCUCAUAGGCUGCGCGCUGUCAAAUCACGCGUUCAUCCUCCAAGAUCUGACAUUCUGAAAAAAUGGUGGCCUUGGUGGUUACUUUUGCCAGGAUGCCUGGCAUCCUGGACAAGAUACAUCGAAGAAUAUGACGCAAUCAGAGUUGCCAGAUGCGAUGCCCGUUGCGGAAGAAAUUACACCGACGAGUGUAUGGAAAAUUGCCUGGACUCCAAUUACACGAAACCUGGUUACUGCCCUGACCAGGCAUCUCUGUCACCGUUCGAGGCUGCUUGUUUAGUAGCCUGCGUCGACGAUUCCCGUUGUUCGGACUUAGCGAAGUGCUGCAAACACGACUGCGGCGUGACUUGCGUUCAUCCUAUCGGUUUGGACAAUAGAACUGACUUACCAGAAGUGCCUGAAAACCUACAAAUCCGACAACAGAAGAGUAAUUUAGUUGUUCUCACUUGGCGGGACUCUAAAACACCAGACAAUGAUGUGAGAUAUUUGGUGGAGGAACGACACCUACUAGGUCCGAGAUACUUAGAAUCCAGAUUAAGUUCCUGGUCAGUGCGACAUGUUUCGAUGAAGUCGCACGCGACCCUUCGCGCUCGAUUGAAAACUGGACAUUGGUAUCAGUUUCGUGUGGCAGCCAUCAAUGGAAACGGUUCUCGAGGGUAUUCUCAACCGUCCAGACCUUUCAAAACGAAAGAGCCUCGGAGUCCCAAAGAACCGCAGAACUUAACGUUAUCCGGCGCGCGCCUAAUCGGUGGAAAAUUACGUGUCAUGCUCAGAUGGGGGAAACCAGCCUCGGAUGUGCCAAUUACUUUCUAUAAAGUAUUUUGGAGUCGCCUCGUUCACGGCCCGACCAACAAUUCCCUUCUCGUUUAUCAUCGAACCAUAUUAAAAGAUAAGACCUGUUACGAACUGAAGGAUUUGGAACUGAACUACCAGUACUUUCUUCAGGUGCAAGCUGUCGCGUUGUACGGGGGCCGACGGCUGGUGUCGCGAAAGUCUUCGAAGGUCUUCAAUAGCACGGAUUACAUGGUAUAUGCCGACCGAGAGAGACGUUCUCGCAGGUGCGAACCAAAUCAGACCAGCCUUCAGUUGCGACGUAUGAUUUGUCAGUGCGGAGAAGUCAGGGCACGAUUGGUUUGGCCGGUGCACCACCAGGUGAAAGCGUACAACGUUUCAUGGCGAGAGGAAUCCUGUCCAUCACCUCACGAGAAGAACCAACAACAGAAGCAAACAUUCUGGAAAGUUGUUCAGACACCACACCUCGAUAUACAUCUUCGAAGGGAAUGCAUGUACAGCGUCAACGUUCGAAAUAUCGUCGAAAAUGAGAACGACGACGACCAUGGUGUCAGCAUCGAAUUCCUCGCUAAUGGGUGUCAGAACGAAUACGAUCAAAAAGGCAAGAAACAUACCCGCGGAAAGACGGUGCAGUGCAAAAACAAAUCGUCGAGAAAGAAACGACAAUAUUCUGGGCUGUUUGUAAUAUAACAUUUUGUUUCUUUUACUCUCUCUCUCUCUCUCUCUUGUCUACCGGUUAAGUAAUUGUUACUUCGAUAUUCUCUCAUCCAUGGUUAAUAAGAGUUCGAUUAAUCAUCGGUUACACGCUGAUUUAAUUAAGGAAUCGUAUUACUUCAUAAGUGUAUAAUAGUAACAUGUAUGAAAUGCACAUGUAAAAUUUAUUUAUAAAGUUGUAUAAUGCCUAAAACAUCUCGGUAAAAUUCACCCGAACAGUGCGCGAAUAUCGGAUGAUGAUCAGCUACAACGUGCAGAGGCCACGCUUCCGUAUGUAUAACAUAAUUGAUCCGAGUAUAACUUGCUGAUAAUUUGAUAAUAACACAUGACCGAAUCCUGUUAUACCAAUACGUUUUAUUACGAGCACAACAGUUUGAUAAACAUAAAACUUAACAGUGUGAACAUUAAAUUCGACGUAGGCAUUGCGACAGAAGAAUCGAUGCCACGGAGAUAAACUUUUCUGUCUCCAAGAUCUUGGGUUGGUCUGUAAUUGUGGCUCAAGGUGCCGUUCUUCGCCUUAACACUUUCAAAAACGUGCAACUGUAAAGAAACGAAAGAUUAUAUGCUAAUUUCGCUUUUCUUUGUCGUAAUUAAAUGCUUGGUUUUGCAAAGUAUAAUAGAGAAAUCUCCUCGCGUAAAAAGCGAGGGUUGUAGAAUCAAUUUAAGUCUGAUUAUAAUUAGACUGCGGACUUUUAUGCAUUCAUCACAAAAAUGGAUGUGUCAAAUAGACAAUAAUCAAACUUUGCUUUGAUGGUUUAAGUUAAUAAAUUUAGAUUUAACUAUUAUUUUAUUAUUUGCGACUUAUUAAAAUUAGCAAAAGAAAGAAAUGAAUCUUAUUGCAAUUAAUGCAGGCAAUUUUCAUUUUGCAUAGAGAUUUGCAGUCUACUAGUUACAGUAAACAUCAUAGAAGUGAACCGCGAAUCGUAAGGUCGACUGUAAUCAACUUCAAGCGAAUGCAUGUAUAAAUGAACUAAUUAAAUGCAUUAUACUUACAAUGAUAUUUGCAUAUUAAUUUCUUUAACCCUCCUCCGGUAUAAUAAUCCAUUUCUUCUUAACUUUCCGUCGAAUUUUUAUGUUUAUUACAAAUGGGUUUAAACAUUUAACACUUACAUGUUCAAUUAGGAACUACAAUUAGUUACCUCAGACUUUUCGAAAUCCCAAAACAAUAAAAAAUGUCGGCGGAGGGUUAAGUGCAACAGUGACAGAUUUGCUCCAAGCGACUUUUUUUUAUCUAAUUAUCAAAAUGCAUUAAUAAAAUUUGACUUGAAAUUAAUAAAUACUCUGAUCAAUUAUUAUAUAUUUAUUAGGCAAAACCCUUUUUUGAUAUCAAUGGUGAAUAAAGGUUGAGUAACAAGUGCAGAAGGUAAGAAUAUUAUAAUUUCUAAUUGAAAAGAGGGUGAAUCGUAUCGAUAAAUUAAUAAAAUUAUAAAAAGAAGCUUUAGUUAAAAACAGAAAAUAAGUGUGGACAUGGUAGAAAGAACAUUUUAAACCCUUCGAAAGAAGGUUUUAUGAUACGAAAAGUAAAGGAAGAUCCAAAAGUAAGUGUUCCCAGAAUUAUUGGGCUGCUAGAAAAUUUCUAAAUGGAAACGGUAACGUCGACAGACGAAAACCACUUGUGAAUGCUAUUAAUAGAAAAAACACAUUAGAGUUUGCGAAAAAAUAGAUAUCGAAACCUCCGGCCUUCUGUGUGGUAUAAGGUAAUUUGUUGUGACGAAUUCAAAUUUGCAACCGACUGUAAAAUAUGAAUAUCGGUGCAUUUUAAUUACUACGAAAAGAAUUUUUAAAAACUUUAAAUUUUACAAACACUUGAAUCGACGCUUUCUUUUAUAAAUCUACCAAUAAUUCUGGUACUAUAUAAGUGUAUCAUUUAAUUAAGAACGUCGGCUUGAAAUCAUCGAUAUUACAUUGACUAUCAAUAAUUCAAUCGCUGAAAUUAUCAAUCAAAAACAAUUUAUAAAUCACCUAAAAAAUCUACCUGCAUUCUCUUAAUUAUAUGCAUUACCCACAGCGAAUAUUAUAUGUUGAGGUCGGCCUCGAAACAGCGUGCAUGAAACCAGUGCCGACGAUUUCAAUGCGAAAGGGUUAAAUUUAAACGGUAAAAUUCCUCGUUGCACGAAUAGACGAACGUUACUUCCUUUCAAAAUAAGCGGUGUAUAUAAGGUGUUUAGUACUUUGUGAAGAGUGUUGUAUAAACAAGCCUGCGUUCACUUUAAGCAAUUUCUGUUGAGACAAGUAAACCACCUAUACAACACGAUAUAGUAGCCGUAAUUUCUGUGCACUGAGAUCACGCCUGUAAUACUACCGCACGCUGCGAAACGCAUUGUGUACCAGAAAAUAUUGAAGUUUUAGUUAUUUUCUUACAUCGAGUUAUCGUAUGUACAAGUGUUAUAAAGAAUAUAUGCGAAUAGUUUAGAUUAAAACAGAAUUCAAAGUAAGCUUCGAAAGAUAUUUUUCGCUUCCUAAAUCUGAAAAUAGGUAGCCAUAAAAAAUUCGUGUUGAACCUAUUUCGAUAGCCUUGCACGUGCGCCGUUUUUCAGUACAUUUGGAAACUGCUCGAAUAAUGUAAUUUUUAAACACACUAACAAUCGCUGCUAAUUUUUCUUCUUCGGUUUACACAUCGAAUUUAUAAUUCGAUUCGUGUUAGAACGAUGUUUAUUUGUUUACGUAAUUACUGCGUGCAGCUGUACCUCAAGCCUCGCAUGAGAAUUUCCUUUUUGUUUAAAAUGAAAAUUCCAAUAAUCCAAAAAUCGAAUUUUCCUUGAACUUUGUAUCUUUCUAUGAGCCAUCGACGAAACUAUCAAACAAUUUUUUUGAAUAAUUUGAAGAUUCUCUAUGAUGAAGGUAUCUACUAAAUAUUAAUGUCCGUCUUUAUUCGCCUCGCAACGUAUAAGCUCUACGAAAUGUUCUGUAAAAUACUGGUGGAGAUAAAAAUCACUAAGACGUUUUAAUUUCUGCAGUUGUAAAAUAAUAGCGGAAAAAAUGUUCGAUGCUUUUACUGGAGUUCGUUUCAUGCUAGCUUGUAAGAUUUGAAAAAAUAUUAGAGUAUUUUCGGAUCAUCGAAACUCCGUUUCUCUGUCCUAGUAAUACCUACUAACGGCCGAAUGAGCAUUCGUGAUCAAACAUAAGAACUUUUUAUACAAAACAUGUAUUUAUCUUUAAGUGACUAGAUAAGUAGUCUUAAAAUAUAAUAAAUCAUACUAAUAUUUGCUUAACAA